UAUAAAGCUACAAAGGAAAGAAAAGAUUGAAUCCAUAAAUGUCAAUGGAACAAAAGUAGUCAUUGAUGUUUGCAAACAAAGAAAUAUCCCAAGGCUGAUAUAUACUAGUACGGUGAAUGUGGUGUUUGGAGGGAAUCCCAUUGAAGAAGGAGAUGAGGAAACUGUACCAUAUUUUCCACUAGAAAAGCAGGUUAAUCCUUAUUCUAGAACCAAAGCAAUGGCAGACCAAAUGAUCCUUGCAGCUAAUGGAACCCCACUAAAAGGAGGCAAUGAGCUCCAUACAUGUGUUCUUCGCCCACCAGGCAUCUAUGGACCAGAAGAGGAAAAACUCCUGCCACGACUAUUAAAGAAUAUCGAAACGGGGCUAAGUAAAUUCAAAUUUGGAAAUUCCACAACUCAGAUGAACUGGGUUCAUGUAGCAAAUCUUGUACAAGCUCAUCUCUUAGCUGCUGAAGCUCUCACCCCCGAGAAGGGUUAUAUAGCGAGUGGUCAGGCGUAUUACAUACACGAUGGCGAGAAAGUCGUCUUUUCUGAAUGGAUAAUUCCGUUAUUUGAAAAAUUAGGUUACAGUGAGCCAUGGAUACAUAUUCCUGAUUUCCUCAUUUAUAUAGCAGCCACAAUGAUGGAAUGCCUGCACCUGGCAUUGAAACCAGUUUUUAACUUUACACCUUUUCUGACCAGAAAUGAGGUGUGGAACAUCACCGUAACUCACACAUUCCAAAUAGACAAAGCACGUAAACAGCUAGGUUACCGUCCAAAAAAAUUUGCAUUUGCUGAUUCUGUGGAUCAUUAUCUUCAAAGUAGACCCAAGUGCCAGGACCAUCAUAAGUUCCUUAAAAUCUGCCUUGUCCUUGGCACCUGUUUAUGUUUGAUCUUCCUUGUUUUACUUUCUUAAGCAUACACCUUUACGUAGUUAUUUCAAGGAAAGCCACCAUUAAUUUGUUUUAGUAUAAAUAAGCUAAUUUUAAUCAGUCACAGUGUAUUCCUCAGUCCACA